AUAUAAGUACUUUUUUUAUCAGAUCAAUAAAAAUUUUGUUAAAAAGUGUUGUUGAAUGUAAAAAGUGUUGUUGUAACUAGUGAAUUUAAAGAUUUCACAUGGAUUCAUUGAAAUGACAAAUUUUUCCACUACAAAUGACUAUCUAAGGAAGAUAAACGAAGCAGAAGCAGCCAGCAUUAGAAGAAACAAUGAUUUGCUUAAAGAAAUAUCAGAUGUAAUUAAGAAGGCUGAUUCUUAUAAUAAAAAAACUGAGCAGCUUUGGAAACUUAGGAGUGAAUAUGUGAAGCAUAUACAAGACUUAUAUCCAGAAUGGAGUAGCAAAGUAUUUAAAAAUCAUCAAUUGGAAACAACAAAUGGAAAUUUGAAUAAAAAAAAUAAGGAAACCAGACCUUUACUCUCAGAGGAUUUUCUCCACAGAAAGUACGAUACUUUAUACCCAGAGGUUGCUAAACAAAGAAACCAAGAUUAUCUGUACCCAAAAUUUGCUUCCCAAAAAUUGAAUGAUUUUUUAGACUCUGAGGUUGUUGCCCAAAGUAUGAAUGAUUCUUUAUACCCAGAGUUUGUUCACCGUAGAAUGCAAGAAUGGAAAACUGACCCUUCUUUUUCUGCAAGUAUCCCAAAAAUCCAUUCAUCAAACAAAUUCAAAAGUCAAUUGAGUACUAAUUCAAAUAAAAUGUACACAACCAGCUUAUUGAGAGAUGACACUAUGAAGAGUAAUUAUUUUUCACAAGACUCUUUUCAUAGAGAACCGACCAGAUUUGAUGAAAAUAGAUCAUAUCUUACAUUUCAGAAACCCUCUCUGUUACAUCAUUCUCAAAUAAAAGUUAAAGAAGAAGAAAAUAAACGUUUCUUUCCUUUUUAUAGUACGCCAAAUAAAAUAGAUUAUGAAAGAAAGAAAAUAUUUCCUGAUUCUUUAAAGUUUUUUCCAAUGGCUCAGGAAAAAGCUUCCAUUCCAGUUGAAAGUCAAAUAUAUAACCUAAAUCAAAGACAAGCAUUCCUGCCAACUGAAAAUCAAAGCCCUAAUCAAAGUAGGAAUUAUAUGUCAGUUGAAGAUCAGGUAUACACUCAUAAUCAAAGUCAGACAUUUAUGUCAACAGAAAAUGAAAUAAAAAUUCUUCCUCAACUAGUUGGUAUAGCACCUGAUGGUCGAUUAGUUCUGCUACCUAUGUCAUCUCCUCCAUUGAAUUCAGUGAUUUAUAAUAAAUCCAAUUAUGAAGUGUCAACAAAUAGUUCAAAUGUACCUUUUUUUAAAGAUAAUUCUAAUGACAAAGCAAAAUCUGAUCCUAGUUUACAAAUUGAGACAGAAUUCAGUAAAGAACAUAUUGAUAAAAGUAUUAUAUAUCAACAAUCAGUAAAGCCUAAAAAUUAUAAUAAAGAUUUGCUUUUUAAUCAUAAAGAAAUUACAUCAUUAACUACUAAAUCAACUUUAAAAGAGCGUUCAAAUAGUAACCAUACGUUGUCUGGUAACCUUGAUUUAUCUGGAAACCAUGAUAUAUCAGGAAACCUUGAUUUACCUGGGAACCAUGGUAUAUCUGGAAACCAUGAUAUAUCUGGAAACCAUGAUUUACCUGGCAACCAUGAUUUACCUGAGAAUCACAGUUUCUCUGGCUGCUAUUUACCUGGAAAUAAAAAUUUAAAUAAUGAAUAUAAGGAUAAAUGUGAUAAUAUUGAAAAAAGAAUACUUGGUCAAAGUUAUGAAAGCAAUGCAUUGGAAAAAAGGUUAAAUAUAAACCAAACUUCUCAAGCUGUAAAUCAAAAAAUUGAUUCUCAAGAUAUGGACCAAUAUUCAAUAGGUGAUCAUACUGAAAAUCAAUAUCAGGCAGACAGUCAUAUAUCAUCAGACAAAAAUACUGAAAGCCAUUCAGACUUAGUAUCAUUUAUAGAAAAUAAAUCCGAAAGUAUAGCAAAUAAAUCCAAUUAUAAAAAUGAUGUACAAUUAAAAUCCAAAAAUUGUAUUAAUGAACCUCUAGCUUCUGAUGUUUUAAGUAGUUUCUCUACUUUAAUCCACCCGGAAAGUACUGUAUCUAAACAUGCAAACAAAUCAGAAAUAUCAAAUAAAAAUUUAGUCACCAUAAUUAGUGAUCAUCAAAAUAAUCAAGAUUCUGAAUUUUUACAGCCUCAAAAUGAUGGUGCGAAUUUAAAAGAUUCUACAUUAAUUUCUUUGCUAGAGUUGAUUAUUGAGCAAGUAGAAAGCAAUAUUGAAAGUUUUUCUUUGAAUCUGACAGAAGAGUUUUCUUUGGUUAAUCCCAUCAUAAGUUCAUUAGUUGACAAUCGAAAUACCGAAAAGUACAAUGUUUCAGAAAAUUUUAUGGCUCUGCGUUAUUGCUUCAAAGUGUUUAUAUUACAAAAUGAGAAGAUCCCUUUUUUUAUAGAUUCAAUUGAUAAGGAAAUUAAUUUUGAGGGAGAUCUCAGAGACUGUGUUAAUGAGCUGUUCUUAGAGGUUUGGGACCAACUUUUUAUGUUCAUGGUUAUUUUUGUAUCUAAAUUUCCAUUUCAAUUAGAGCAAUUAGCAGAUAUAAUAGCUCAUUUAUUAGUACCUAUGGAAAAUGAGGCAGAAAAGUUAAAGGAUGUUUUGAUUGUAAUUCUCUCGGAUUCAAUGGAAAGCAUUUCAGAAUUUAACGAAGAAUCCAUCAACGAAUCUUAUAAAUCACCAAAUAUAGUAAACAAAUCUAUUGAAUCACCAGUUAAAAUAAAUACCCCUAAUAAAAAGUUUAUUGCAAAUGAUAAUUUAUCCAAAGUUUCAUCAGUUAACAAGUUAAAUUUAUUAGAUAUAGAGGAUGAUAAAUUUGAAAUAAAACAAGAAGUUAUAAAGGAUUCCAACAAAGAUGUGAUUAAGGAUAGUGUCAUAGAAAAUGAAGCAAAAGAAAAACAUAAUAAUGGAACAGAAUUAGGAGAAGAUAGUAUCAUAGAAGAUGAAGUAAAAAAAACGCAUAAUAAUGGAAUCGAAUUAAAAGAAGAUAAUAUCAUAGAAGAUAAAGAAAUCAAAAAGAGUAGUAAGGAAGAGAUGGAGAAAGAAAAUAAUAUUAAAAAAAAGGUUGAAAAAGAAAAUAGCUUUAAGGGAGAAGAGAUAAAUAAUAAAAAGGGGAAUGUGAAAGAUACAAAAAUUGAAAAAAAGAUAAAUUUGCCACCAAUUGAUCGAGAAUCUCUUAUAGAUCUCAAAUAUGAUUUAAGCUCCUCUGAAAGUGACAAUGAAUCGUCAGUAUCAUUUGAUUCAGAUGGUAUGCCUGUUGUUAAAACUCCUACCAUGGAAUCCAAUCGUACUAAAACUCCAGUUUUUUCGGAAUUCAGUCCUCCUUUGAGUAGGAAUGAAGAAGUCAAUGUUGAUAUAAGUUCAGAUGUUUCUGAAAAGUCUCAUGAAAAUAAAUUAAUCACACACAAAGAUGAAGACAGCGAUGAUGAUAUUGAUAUGCUCAUGAAUGAGAGUUUAAAUAUAAGUAAAAGAUCAUCAAAUACCCAAAAAGAGCAAACACCAAAACAGAAUAGCAAAAUGAUUGAUUGGAAUGAUAAAAAUUUAUUACCAACAGAAUCUAAGGUUUCUGAAAAAUUAACUUUGAAAAAGCCAGGUUUCUGGGAUGAAUCAGAAUCGGAUUCAGAUGUACCAACGCCACCAAUUCUUUCUUCAAAACGAAACAAUGACGAAGACGAUUUUGAUUUCGAUUUUUACGAUUAGUGCGAAGUGCAACCAAAUAAAGCUUAUUUGGGAAAUGAAGAGUGAAAAUUAUUCCAUUGCAAAUUAAGUUCAACUUAUGAAUUCAAUUGCAAUUCGAGCAGAUGAAUCAUCUAAUUAUGUUAAUCUAAUUAUGACGCGUAUUGCUAGUCUAAUUAGCUUUAGUAGAAUUUUUUUGAUAUGUGAAUUUUUACAAGAAUUAGGUUGUAGGUUUUAUCUUUUUUUUUUAUUAUUAUUCUUUUUAGCAAUGUUUUUUUAAUUACAAACGUUACCAAAAUUUGAUUCGAAAUCCUACAUUCGAAACAUAAAUAGAUAUAAUAUAUUAAAUUUUAUGAUAGAACUUUGUAAAAUAUUAUAUAAAAACGAUAUAUACUGAUAUAAUUUUAUUAUAGCUUCUACUUUAGUGUGUAGCGAUUUUAUUGUACUAUAUUAUACUAGGCUUUUUUUACUAAUAUAUGCGUCUCAAUAAAACGGUACAAGACAAAACAGUAAAAAAUAUUGUUUUGACAAAACCGAAACGGUACAACUUUAAUUUGUUUCGUAAAAAUACAGUUGAAACAAAAUAAAUUUUUAGUUGUUCUGUUUAAACAAUGACAAAUACUACAGCCCUUCCCGUCGCUAAUCUGUAUUUUAAACCAGCGGUAGACAAUGUAUAGAAAAUAUAAAAAAUGGCUGAAAAACUUAGCAAACUAAGUCGUUUCCAGUUAAUUUGCUAAAUUUGAAAUGUACUGGUUCAAUGCUUAAAAUAUUUAUUUGGUAAUA